AUGCAGUGAUUAUUGAAGGUCAAGGCUUUGCUCUAAUGUAGAAAUCCCUGGAGCACAUCUAGUUUCAGACUGGUACAUUUUACAAACUAUUAUAUACUCAAACUCUCUACAGACUGAGAGGAAAAACAAAGACGUGACAUCACAGUUACGUUGCAGUACACAACUCCACUGGUCAUUAGUUUAGUAUCAGAAACAUGUUUUCUGUUCUUUUGUUUCUGUUACAUUGACAGCAGCUGUUGUAACAACGACACUCAACACUUCACACAGACUUCCUGAGUGGUUUUCUGUCAGCAGCUCAAAAGUGGAAGUGGACAUGAUGUUGCUUUCUACUCACGACACACAAAAAGACGCCCAGUCACAGAGACAAGGACAGUGCUGGAGUGUCGUAUAACUAAUAUUUUAUUAUUUAUUAUUUUCUGAGUCUGGAUUUAGAAUGAAGAUCCUCCUCAUCUUCACCUUCUUCCUGAUUCCAGCUGGUACUGAUGCUGUAACUAUAGUAACUGGAUACAGAGGAAGAUCAGUUCAGAUUAAAUGUCCCUAUGAAUCUGGAUAUGAAGAUGACAACAAGUAUCUCUGCAGAGGUGAAUGUUCCUAUGUGGGGAAUAAAGACAUUCCUGUUGAAUCUGGAUCUCCUGCUAAAGACACCAGAUUUUCUCUGUAUGAUAACAAAACAGCCCGAGUCUUCACCGUCACCAUCACUGAUCUGAGACCUGAGGAUGGAGGCAGUUACAGGUGUGCGAUAGAGCGGAUAUUGCCUUUGUCUGAUAUUUACACAAAGAUUGUCCUGCAGGUUAAAACAGUUGAUCCCACCAUCAGUUCUGUCUCACACACCACACACUUCACUCCAACCCAUGGGGACACGACACAUUCAGUAACAGAUAAGUUACUAACUUAUACUACAAACAAAACCCCCAUCACUCCCCCAUCUCAGGGCUUCACAACUAUACCCCUAGUCACGACUGUCGUGACUGUUGCUCUAGUGCUGCUUCUCAUUGGCCUUUUAUCAGCUGGAGUGAUACGGUGUAAAAAAAAGACCCAAGGUUCUGGAACAGUGACACAAUCUUCCAGACAGACAAAUGAAGAUUAUGAAAAUGAUCAAAAUGUAUUUCCUGUUCAAACAAAAGAAAAUGUUAAUUUACCUGAAUCUGUCUACAUAGGUUUAAACCCAACCACCAGCCAAUCAGACUCAGUCUACCAGACUCUGUCAAGUACUAAUAACCAAUCAGAUUCAGUCUACCAGACUCUGUCAAGUACUAAUAACCAAUCAGAUUCAGUCUACCAGACUCUGUCAAGUACUAGUAACCAAUCAGAUUCAGUCUACCAGACUCUGUCAAAUACUAAUAACUAAUCAGAUUCAGUCUACCAGAAUCUGUCCCAUAUCAAUAAACAUUAAGAUUCUGGAUACUUCUGUUCGCCUACCAAGUGGACUGGUUUGAGCUGUCAAACUGAUUAAUGUAACCCCAUUGUCUGUUUCAACCUGCAAGUUUGUGUUUCUUUUUCCUGUGAAUUUACUUUUUUGUGCUUUGGAUCAUUUCAAAUGUUUUUUUUUUUGUUUGUUUGUUUUUUUUUUUUGUUUUGUUUUUUGGACAAAUGUAGGACAAAUCACACACUCUUUACAUUCUAUGUUUGCUGGUCACGUGAAUUACAAGAGUUUCUCUUUGAAGAAAUUCAGCUCAUGUCUGGCUUUAUUUUCAAGCCUGGCACAUGAUUCCUGUGGCUCAGGCCAUGGCUCAUCAUGGGUCUCAAAGUUGGCAGAAAUUGAGAAAGGGAAUCCUCUUUGUACCUCUUUGAAUCUCUCCUGUAAGUCCAAAGGUCACAUUUUGGACUUGGAAGCUUGUUUCACAAUUUCUUCCUACAACCUAAUGUUGUCUUUUGCAUCCUUUGAACAGUUGGUAAAGUUGACAUCCCCAAAUCAGAUUUAAUCGAUAUUUCCAUCUUUGUAGUAUUGAAUUUUAAUUAUUUCUCAUAUUGCCCUCCAACUUCUUUAAUGUGAAGCACGUAGCAUGUAUGAUUCAACACCAUAUUCUUAUCACUCCCCACACUGCACCCCGCACCCUCCGAUCUACCAGCACUGAUCGACUGGUUCCACCAUCUCUCAGGGUAAGAGGCAAGUAUACUACAAGACUCUUCUCUGUUCUGGCACCAAGGGGGUGGAAUGAACUUCC